AUGGACAGAAUGAAUGGAGGAGUUAUGACACAAAGCAAGCCUUUGGUACAAAAAUUUCCAGAGGUGUCACCAGUGCUUUUCUGGACAUGGAGUGGAUCUGAGAGAAGACACUUAUUGCAUGGUAGGAGUGAGAGCUUCCAUCAAGGAAACAAUCAGGAAUCCAGAGUUAGGAACAGGACAGAGGACGGACGGAAAAUGUUGCAGAGUGGAAAAGUGACAGAGGAUGAGGACGGAUGUGUGGGGCAGAGGUUCGGAGUGGAGAUUUGGACAGGAAUGGAUGGACGAGCUGCAAUGCAAAGCAGGAGCUUUGGUGCUGAAAAUUCCGAAGGUCUGGAAGUGUCACCAGACAUGGAGUGGAAGUGGUAUCAGCAGCAACAAAGAAGUUAUGAGCUCCGGAGGUAUAGGGUUGAAUGGAAGUCAGGAUUUGCUACUGCACAGCAGAAAGGACAAAGGACAGAGGAUGAAGGAUGGAGGUUGGAUGGAAAAUGUUGUGCAGUUGCAGAGGGGAGGUAUGGAGUGGAGGCCUUCAUGAAGAAGCCACUGGAAAUCUGGGGUGUUGAGGUCUGGAGAUAUAGGGGUAUGACUGUCCUGGAAAUGGUCGGAAAAUUGGUACUUCAGAGGGGCAGGAACAAGGGCUGGCAAGGACCAACAAGAUUCUGGAGACUUGGAUGA